AUGUCCAACAACAACAAACCAGCAACUGCUGGGGUGAUGCGUUUCUUUCGAAAUAUUGGUGGGAAGAAAGGGACGAUAGAAACGGCAGAGACGGAGGUGGCGACUGUAAAUCAGCAUCCAAUCCCAUUUCCAAAUCUUGUCUCCUCACUCCAGGCCGUUGAUGAUGUUAUCAGUAGCAUCCAGCCAUUACCAUCAUUAACCCCAAAGUCAUUGUCUCGAGCAACAGGGGUAUCAGAAGUGGAACCUGGGGCCUAUCCUGUAGAUGGCCCAAGAAGUAGGCCAUCGACUGGAAGGACACCUGACACGGAAGGGCUGGGGUUGGAAUUUGCGCCUACAUCUCAAAAUGACACAGAUCAUGAUGAGGGUCUUAUUCCUGCUGAUAUUAGCAAUCUGUUGGCCUUCAAUUUCACUAGACACAACACUGAAGAAUCAACGAGGAACGAUGAUGGUCUUAUUCAUGCUGACCCAGUUGACGGCCCGGAAAAUGGGGAGAUUGCAACUGCAGAGCCAAUAACAGCAAAUGCAAGAAGAUUAAGGCAGAAGAAGCUAUGUCUCGACCUCUCCCUGCUAGCCAUUGUUGCCAUUGUCAUUGUUUCAAUCAUCCUUUUAGCAUUUCUUCUUGCUCCAAAAUCAAGCACGCAAACACAGAAUCCAAUACAAGAAAAUCCAGGGACAAUAGAUUCAAUCACACAAGCACCAACAUCGCUAUUGGAAAGACUAAAUCUACCUGAAUACACCCUCAGGGCAAUGGAAAAUCCUAGAUCUCCACAGGCCAAGGCAUACCAUUGGCUAAGCAGCAAUAUCAACAAAUCCAACAACACACAACAUCUCCCAGCAUGGAGGCUGAAGCAAAGGUUUGCACUGACCACAUUUUACUAUUCAACGCGGGGGGAGCAUUGGGUGAAUCUUAGGCAAGGCUGGCUGGAGUGGGACUCCAAUGAGUGCGACUGGGAACGGCAACGAUGGAUUUUGAUUGCACAAGAUGCAAAGGUGGCUUGUAAUGACGAUGGGCAACUCCUUUCAUUGCAAUUUUUUUCUGCCAUCAACUUGGACGGAACACUACCACCAGAAAUAUUCCUGCUUCAUGACAGCUUGCAAAUACUUACAUUAUAUUCGAACCUCCAGCUCGAAGGAAGCAUACCAACGGAGGUUGGGCUAAUGACAAGGCUGACAUCUCUGUUGCUUAGCACAACACACUUGUCUGGCAUACUACCAACAGAACUAGGUCAGCUACAAAGCUUGGAGAAACUAUUGAUCUCAGGUAGCAAGCUUGUUGGGACUUUACCUGCUGAGCUGGGCAACCUAAGCAACCUGACAGAUUUGGGAUUUGAUACAGUGAACUUUUCUGGGUCAAUUCCCACUGAAAUUCUUCAAUUGUCGAACCUGAAGACCUUGAGUUUCUCAGAUUGCCCUGGCUUGGAAAUAACAUCUUUCCUCACUGAGGUAGUUGGAAACCCGCACAAUUUGGAGAUGCUAAGUCUAGGCAAUCGGAAAACUGGGGGGUUCACAUCAAUUCCAUCUGAAAUUGGCAAGCUGACCAACCUGGCACAACUCCUCUUCUCUGACUUUCAACUCAAUGGCACAAUUCCAAGUGAGAUUGGAUUGUUGACAAAGCUAAACUACUUGGACUUGGAGAAGAACUCAAUCUCAGGCACUUUACCAGAAGAGUUAUUACAGUUGUCACAGUUACGGCUGUUGAACAUCAAAUCCAACAAGUUGGAAGGAAAGAUCCUAGAUCAAGGUGGCCUCCACCAACUCAGCAAGCUGUGGGUUUUGCAAAUACAUGACAACCUAUUCUCGGGCUAUCUUGCCACAGAAGUUGGUUUGAUGUCCAGUCUUGACGAGCUUGAACUGCAAAAUACCAACCUAUCGGGGACGCUUCCCACAGAACUUCUUUUGUUGGCCAAGUUGACCAACUUGGUAUUGAUGAACACAUCCUUGGCAGGCAGUAUCCCUCAUGGACUGUGCAACAAGAAACUCCUUCCACAGGAAGAGAAGUGUUUCAGGCAUGGUUGCUAUGGUGUUCCAACGACCAACCUUUCUGCCUGCUAUGGAACAAAUCUGUGUGGCUGUAGUUGUGAUCCUUGCUCCAACUAG